CUCGGAGCGGGAAAGGGUGAACUUCGGGGUGAAGUAUAGCUGUGCCGCAGGGCUUCUACUUGGUAUUUUCACCGGAAGAGCGCGGUCAGGGUCGGGAUUCCGCACUGCAAGCAAGAUGCUCAAGUCCAAGACUUUCUUAAAAAAGACGCGGGCGGGCGGCGUGAUGAAGAUCGUGCGCGAGCAUUACCUGCGGGACGACAUCGGCUGCGGCGCGCCCGGGUGCGCGGCGUGCGACGGUGCACACGAGGGGCCGGUCCUCGAGCCGCAGCCCGUGGAUCCUGCGAGCAGCCUGUGCCCGCAGCCGCAUUACUUGCUUCCCGACACCAACGUGCUGUUGCACCAGAUCGAUGUUCUUGAGGACCCUGCCAUCAGGAAUGUGAUUGUACUACAAACAGUUCUGCAAGAAGUGAGAAAUCGGAGUGCUCCGGUAUAUAAACGAAUCAGAGAUGUGACUAAUAACCAGGAGAAGCAUUUCUACACCUUCACUAAUGAGCACCAUAGAGAAACUUAUGUAGAACAAGAACAGGGAGAAAAUGCUAAUGACAGGAAUGAUCGAGCCAUUCGAGUAGCAGCAAAAUGGUACAAUGAACAUUUGAAGAAAAUGUCAGCAGAAAAUCAUCUACAAGUCAUCUUCAUAACAAAUGACAAAAAAAACAAAGAAAAAGCCAUAGAAGAAGGAAUACCAGCUUUCACUUGUGAAGAAUAUGUAAAGAGCCUGACUGCUAACCCGGAACUCAUAGAUCGUCUUGCUUGUUUGUCUGAAGAAGGGAAUGAAAUAGAAAGUGGAAGAAUAAUAUUUUCAGAGCAUCUUCCUUUAAGUAAGCUACAACAAGGCAUAAAAUCUGGUACAUACCUUCAAGGAACAUUUAGAGCAAGCAGGGAAAAUUACUUAGAAGCUACAGUAUGGGUUCAUGGAGACCCUGAAGAAGAUAAAGAGAUAAUCUUACAGGGACUUAAAAAUUUAAACCGAGCUGUUCAUGAAGAUAUUGUGGCUGUAGAACUUCUUCCCAAGAAUCAGUGGGUGGCACCAUCUUCUGUGGUUUUACACGAUGAAGGUCAAAAUGAAGAUGAUGUGGAAAAAGAAGAGGAGAGAGAACGCACUCUUAAGACUGCUAUAAAUGAAAAAAUGUUAAAGCCCACAGGUAGAGUUGUAGGAAUAAUAAAAAGAAAUUGGAGACCAUAUUGUGGCAUGCUUUCCAAGUCUGAUAUUAAAGAGUCAAGAAGACAUCUCUUUACCCCUGCUGAUAGGAGAAUCCCUAGAAUUCGAAUAGAAACCAGACAGGCUUCUGCAUUAGAAGGACGGAGGAUUAUUGUUGCUAUUGAUGGUUGGCCCAGAAAUUCCAGAUAUCCAAAUGGACACUUUGUAAAAAACUUAGGUGACGUUGGAGAUAAAGAGACUGAAACAGAAGUUUUGUUGCUUGAGCAUGACGUUCCCCAUCAGCCUUUUUCACAGGCUGUUCUUAGCUUUCUUCCAAAGAUGCCCUGGAGCAUUACUGAAAAGGAUAUGAAAAACCGAGAAGACCUGAGACAUCUGUGUGUUUGUAGUGUGGACCCUCCAGGAUGUACUGACAUAGAUGAUGCUCUACACUGCAGAGAACUGGAAAAUGGAAAUGUGGAGGUUGGUGUUCACAUUGCAGAUGUUAGCCAUUUUAUUAGGCCAGGAAAUGCUUUGGAUCAAGAGUCAGCCAGAAGGGGAACAACUGUGUAUCUUUGUGAAAAGAGGAUUGACAUGGUUCCAGAGUUGCUUAGCUCUAAUUUAUGUUCAUUAAGAUGUAAUGUUGACAGGUUGGCAUUUUCAUGUAUUUGGGAAAUGAAUCACAAUGCUGAAAUCUUAAAAGUGAGGUUUACCAAAAGUGCCAUUAAUUCAAAGGCUUCCCUUACAUAUGCUGAAGCUCAGAUGAGAAUUGAUUCUGCAGCCAUGAAUGAUGAUAUUACCACUAGUCUCCGUGGACUAAAUAAACUAGCUAAAAUUUUGAAAAAAAGAAGAAUCGAAAAAGGGGCUUUGACUCUUUCUUCUCCAGAAGUUCGAUUCCACAUGGACAGUGAAACUCAUGAUCCUAUAGAUCUGCAGACCAAAGAACUUAGGGAAACAAAUUCUAUGGUGGAAGAAUUUAUGUUACUGGCGAAUAUCUCUGUUGCAAAAAAAAUUCAUGAAGAAUUUUCAGAACAUGCCUUGCUUCGAAAACACCCAGCUCCCCCUCCGUCAAAUUACGAAAUUCUGGUUAAGGCAGCUAAAUCCAAGAAUUUGGAAAUUAAAACUGAUACAGCCAAGUCCUUGGCUGACUCUUUGGACCGGGCAGAUUCUCGGACUUUUCCGUAUGUCAACACUCUCUUAAGGAUCUUAGCCACUCGCUGUAUGAUGCAGGCCGUGUACUUCUGCUCUGGAAUGGACAAUGAUUUUCAUCACUACGGCUUAGCAUCGCCCAUAUACACACAUUUUACUUCACCCAUCAGAAGAUAUGCAGACAUCAUUGUGCAUCGGUUGUUGGCUGUGGCUAUUGGGGCUGACUGUACGUAUCCAGAGUUGACAGACAAACACAAGCUUGCAGAUUUAUGUAAAAAUCUCAACUUCCGGCACAAAAUGGCUCAGUAUGCCCAACGUGCAUCAGUGGCUUUUCAUACCCAGUUGUUUUUCAAAAGCAAAGGAAUAGUAAGUGAAGAAGGCUAUAUUCUAUUUGUAAGAAAGAAUGCUAUUGUGGUGUUAAUUCCAAAGUAUGGUUUAGAAGGUACCGUCUUUUUUGAAGAAAAGGACAAACCAAAGCCAAGACUUAUUUAUGAUGAUGAGAUACCUUCCCUUAAAAUAGAGGACACAGUGUUUCAUAUAUUUGAUAAAGUUAAAGUGAAAAUCAUGCUAGACUCAUCCAAUCUUCAGCAUCAGAAAAUCCGAAUGUCCCUGGUAGAACCACAGAUACCAGGAAUAAGCAUUUCGGCUGAUAAUCCAAACAUGGACAUUGAUGAACCAGAGAGAAAGAAGAAGAAACGUGAGAAAUAGCUACAGUCAACAAAAAAACUUCGAAGAGUGGUUUCCUUAAAAAAAAACUGAGAAAAAAAAAAAAAAACCCAAAACAAAA